AUGGUGUCGAUUUGCGCUCGGGACGGUACGGUUUGCAUGGUGGAAUUGAAUGUGGCCAAGCUUCGAAUUGUGUAUUUGUAUGGAGUGAGAAAAGACACAAGUCUUUUGUCGUCACAUACUGCGUUAAUUAUUAUUCAUUAUAUUUAUCACUUUAGGUUCGCGAUCACGCAAGACGAUACGAUCAAGCCUUAUGGCAUUUACGGCGUCACCAUCGCCAAGGAGGAGAGCGAUAAUGUUAUGGAGCAUAUUAUCAGAAGAGUCGAUUAUGACGCCGGUAUAAGCUUGAAUCCAGAAAUCGACAUCGGUCAGGUGGAGGGAGCUUUCAUGAUGGGAAUAGGAUACUGGACAUCCGAGGAUUUGGUGUACGAUUCUGAAAUAGGAGCAUUGAUGAAUAGAACGUGGAAUUAUAAACCGCCAGGAGCAAAGGAUAUUCCUGAGGACUUUCGCAUGUCUUUGCGCAAAAAUACGCCUAACGAAGUUGAUUUUCUUCGAUCAAAGGAUAAGAUUGGAAACUUUUUAUUAACUUUCACAUUUGAAUAA